AUGUGGGGAGUAUAUGAUGAAAUGGGGAUCUUUAUUGCUGUCUGCCAUCAUGGCUUUAGUCUGGUGAUCACUGAUAUGGUUCAGAGUGGGGAAUUGGCAAAGUAUCCACUUGCAGUAGUUUUGAAGCUUCUCGACACAUUCGGUAGUGAUCUCAGCAGUGGAUACAAUAUUGGAUGUCAAUUCAAGACUACACUCAACAAUAGUUCAUUGGGUACCCUUGGUGCUUUUCAUGGGGACGCUCACAAAUGGCGUUGUCAGCUCGAUCACCUAACAACAUAUGUUUCUGGCUUAGGACUGGAAGACUUGGAGACAUGCGAACACACAUUCUCCAAGUCAAAUGUGCUAGCAUCUACUAUUCAGCAGGGAAUCGUGAGUUAUUUUGAGCAUAAUGAUGACUAUGAAGUAUAUACCAAUUAG